ACGGAUGUACGUCAGAUGCGUACGUUUUCAUUGGCGUUUGUGAUUGUCAGUCAUUAUACGGUCAUAAGGAACUUUACGCAAUUCCAGUCGACCGCCAUACGCACCACAAGGCAAGGACAUCAGGCAGAACAGAACAGACUCAGGCAGCGAGUGUUGAUGAUGGCAGUGGACUGGGCUGGUUAUGGAUACGCAGCACUAGUAGCAUCUGGAGGAGUCAUAGGAUAUGUCAAAGCAGGCAGUGUCCCAUCCCUGGCAGCAGGUCUACUCUUUGGGGGUUUGGCUGGCUUCGGUGCUUACCAGACAUCACAAGAUCCCAAAAAUAUUUGGGUGUCUUUAGCUGCAUCCGGAACACUUGCUGCUAUCAUGGGGAAGAGAUUCUAUAGCUCACGCAAAAUCAUGCCCGCUGGUCUCAUCGCUGGAGCGAGUGCCCUCAUGAACAAACCACAGUUUGGAAAACCCUGGUCUGAAACCUUUCUGUUCUUGGCUUUUAUUAAAAUAACAUUUUAAUUCAUUAACAUUUAAUAAAAUAAAAGACAAAUAAGUCAUUCUCAUGCAUACACAUGCAGACUCCAGCCAAAUGUGUAAAGGGGAAAAUUAUAAUUCUGUUCCUGGACUUCUGAGCACAUUGUUCUACUACAAUAUCAUUCAGCCUGUCUCAUUCCAAUUUUUUUGGAAUCAAUUUUUUUUUUUUUUUGAGAUAUGUAUUAUGGUAUUAGUUAAAAUAGUCACAUGACUGCAGUCAACUUUCAGAAUUUUUUCUAAGGAAAAUCUAAAGGGCAAGUUUACUCACCCUCAUUUAGUUUCAAACCUGUAUGACUUUCUAGCAUUAAUGACACAAAAAACACCAUAAGAAGUAUUAUAAAAGUAGCCCACAUGCCUUAUCUGCUAGACUUCAGUUCUUCUGAAGUCCUCUCAAUAGCUCAGAGAAAGGAACAGACUAAAAUUUGUCUUUUAUAGAGCUUGAAGACAGAAUUUCCAGUUUUGGCUAAACUAUUCCUUUAAAUGUUUG